CACAACGUAUUCUACUGGCUCUUUGGGAGAUUUACUCGCGCGCGGACUAAUUGCCCAGAAGAUAGAACCGAAUGUUAACGAUUUUAACCAAAACUACUCCACUACUACUUCCAAAAGCCAAAGCCAGAGUCAUUCCGAAGCCGAAACCGAAAAAGUUUUUAUCGCGAGUUCCACUGACCUCGACGAGAAAGUUUCCGCUGCGUGCACCCGGGUACAGUGCGCCAUGGCUGCCGCGAACGUGAAGAUCGUGGAGUCGAAGGUGGACAUAUUCCAGGCCCCCAGCACCCAUGCCCUGGCCCAUGCCGUGGAGUCAUCCUUUACGGCUCUGCGGGGAUCGCUGGCCUGGCAGUUCGCCCUCAUCUACGGCGAUGUGGAUGAACUGCGCCAGCGCAGGGUGGCCAGAGGCAACUGUGCCGUCUUGGAGCACAACUCCAGAUUUGUGUACUAUUUGGUAACCAAGUCGAAUCUCUACGAUGUCAGCACGUACGACGACGUCCAGGCGGCUCUGAUCUGUAUGCGGGAACAUAUGCGCAACCACGAGAUCACAAAAGUGGCCAUGCCCCGGAUCUGUUGCGGCAAAGACGGCCUCGAGUGGAGGCAAGUGAAGCGCCUGGUGCAGCAGACAUUCGCCAACAGCGAGUAUCCCAUCGAGAUACUCGUCUGCGAGCACGAUGACUUGUCCAAGGAGCUGGCUGCGCCAAAGUGUCAGAUUACGGAGGCCCGGGGCAAUCUGUUCAGUGCGCCGGAGAACUACGCUCUGGUGCACUCGGUCAGUGCGGACUUCGCCAUGUGUGCUGGGAUUAAUCUUCAGUUCCGCUGCAAAUAUGGACAAGUGGAUGAGCUGAAGCGUCAGAACAGGCACACCGGCAACGUGGCAGUGCUGGAGCAGAACGGCCGGUACAUCUACAACUUGGUGACCAAGGAGCGCAGCCACGAAAAGUGCACCUACACGGCUCUGUACUACGCUUUGCUGGCCAUGCAGGAGCAUAUGAGGGAGCACGGAGUCACCAAGCUGGCUAUCCCCCGCCUGGGCUGCGGCAUUGAUCGACUGGAUUGGUUGCGAGUUCGCAGUCUGUUGGACUUGGUGUUUGCCGAUGACCACGUGGACAUAAUCGCCUUCUUCUACACACCCCCACAAAUGUCCCAGGACAAGCUGAACGUCGUCUGUCCUACGUGCCGGCACAUAAAGACUAUCCAGAUUCCAUCGAGAUCCGUAUCUCGACAGUCGCUCCACCGCGAGAAGACUCCGUUUUGAAUUCCAACAUAACCCCUGUAUAUAGCAACUCUACGUAUAGCACUCGAACUGGUUUGCUUGGGAUUUGUGGCACCAACUGCACCAAAUACUUAUAUAUUGAAUAAGAACUUACCUCUAAGAUGUUUUAAACACUGAAUUUUAUCCAUUACUAUUUAAAUAAAAGCAAAAAAGACAUUUUAAACAAUUAAAA